CCAACAAAUUCACCUUCAAAGUUCCAAACCCUGAUUUUUCAUCAACUUUUUUCUGUCACUAGAAACGAAUGUGAUAAAGUUGCCGGUGAUCUUCGCAAUGCUGGGAUCCAGGCCAUUGCAUAUCACGCGGGCUUGUCGGAUUCUCAACGUUCGCGAAUUCAAGAGGACUGGAUACGAGACAGAUGCAAGGUAUUUGUUAUAUGCCUUGUACUUAAAUUGACAAUAUUUAGUCUAUUAUUUUGUGUUUCUCAACCGCCAGAUACAUUUAAAAAGGUUGUUAACUGUAUAAACCACAAAAUAGAGUUAAAACAAAGUAAUUUUGAGAGGAACACCAAAAUGAUUUUAGGUUUUGAACACUUUUAAUCACAAAUACGACAUUGAAAAAAAUUGCCUCUUAAUAGACAAUUCCCAUUAUAGACUAAUUUUAAAACUAGGCAAGGAGAUGCAAAUAAAUCAACCACUAAAAGUAGUAAAAUUGCAAAGUUUGGUUGCGAAAUGUUGUAAAAUGCGGAAAAUAUAGCCUUGCAAAGUUUGCAACUUUUGUAUACUGUACUUUUGUAUUGCGUGCGGAAAUUGCUACCAUUUUCGACCCAAAUGUUACAAAAUUUGCUAAUUUUGCAAGGCUAUAUUUUUCGCAUUUUACAACAUUUCGCAAUCAAACUUUGCAAUUUUACUAAUUUUAGUAUGCUCUUUCCGGGAAUAUACUUUUUUGCCAAGAUAAAAAAAUUAGUCUAUAAUGGGAAUUGUCUAUUUAUUGUAUUCACUUCACAUUCCAGGUGAUUUGUGCGACAAUAGCAUUCGGCAUGGGCAUUGACAAGGCGGACGUGAGAUUUGUGUUUCAUCAUUCCAUGCCCAAAUCUCUUGAAGGUUAUUUCCAAGAGUGCGGCCGUUCUGGCAGAGAUGGUCAAAACUCUGUGUGCAUAUUGUUUUAUGCUUAUUCUGAUGUAUAUAGAUUAAAAAGGUGAGUAGAUUUCACGAGGUGUUCAUGACGCGUUGGUUACUGCUUUUCACUUCUGCAUCUGAAGUUCAAUUCCUGCAAUACAGUUGUCUGAUUAUAAUUUCACCUCAGUCACAUGUGAGAAGAGUGCUUCCAGUUUGACUCUACCAAACACCACAGCUUUUCUCUGGGUAAUAAGGGAAAGUCCUCACUGGACCUCUAGGAAGAACAGUUUAGAACUGAUAGAGCUAUCCAGUAUAAAUAAAGUUAGUUUAGUUUAGGUUUCCUCCUGUAGUAACACUGGAUCAAUAAGAGAUGAUCCUUACUGGACCUCUAGGAAGAACAGCUUAGAACUGAUAGAGCUAUCCAGUAUAAAUAAAGUUAGUUUAGUUUAGGUUUCUUCCUGUAGUAACACUGGAUCGAUAAGAGAUGAUCCUCACUGGACCUCUAGGAAAGCAGUGAAGAACUGAUAGAGCUAUCCAGUAUAAAUAAAGUUAGUUUAGGUUUCCUCCUGUAGUAAAACUUGAUCAAUAAGAGAUGAUCUUUACUGGAACUCUAGUGUGAGCUGUUUACUGUAGAACUGAUAGCUAUCCAGUAUAAAUAAAGUUACUUUUAAUGGUAAAAGAAUUGAUUAUAAAUCUACUAGCCUAGUGACAGGAACUGCACCGUCAGCAUGUUUAGGGUCUAAGUCUGAUCGUGGAUUACAUUACAUGUUGCGCGUGUGGAGUAUACGGGACCAAAAGAACCAUCCUUAGUUGACCUCUUAGAAGAAGUUCAGAACUGAUAAAGCUGUUCAGCAUAUUAAUAAUGUUUUUUUAACUUAAUUUAGUUUCAGAUUUUCAAACCUUAAAUAUGAUAAAAAUGUAUUCCGAAGGAACGAUAUUCCUUUAUACAGAGGGCUUCAGAAGACUUCAAUUCUUAAGGCCAGAAUUUUUGUUUUUCCUUGUGAAUUAUUUCCUGUCCUUACUUUACUCAGGAUGGUUCUAUCAGACAAGACAAUGAACAAGGCAUCAGCAAGUGUUCACAUGAACAAUCUCUAUCGCGUCGUUCAAUACUGUGAAAACCAAACUGAAUGCAGACGUGCUCAGCUGCUAGAAUACUUCGGCGAAACGGGCUUCGACAGCGCUGAAUGCAGUGAGAACCAGGCCACAAUCUGUGAUAACUGCUCAUGUGCUGGGGAGAUGGUUGACAUGGAUGUCACACAAGUCGCCAAGAUGGUUGUAGAGUCUGUGAACACGUUGAUACAUCGAGGUAACAGCAACUGGAAACGCCCCAUGGCACAGCUGACUCUAAAACAUCUUGUUGAUGUGUUUAAGGUACGAUUUAAGGACGACGUAUCUGAUUAAUAACUUAUUUGGAAAAUUGCCAACAUAUACCAGUCCUGUAAAUGGUUAUACUGUAAUGAUGGUAUCAUCGUGAUGAUGGUGGCACUGAUGGUACUUGGCAUCACCACGUGCCUUUAUCUUUGUAGUGAGAGUUGAUUUUAUAAUUUCACCCUAGUCUGAGUGUUUCCGCAACGGUUUUCCCUGAGUAGUCGAUUUCCCUUCCCAGUAACACUGGACCAACAAGGGCUGCCUUUACUGGAACUCUGAGGGACUUUCUGAACUGACAGAUCUUAUUGACACAGUGUUAUUACAGAGUAUACUCCGAGAAAAUCAACAGUGUUUUGUAUCUAGAGUUCAAAUUAUAGUACUGGGGUGUGUGUGUGUGUGGGGGGCAGCUUGCAACGCUUGAAAAAAUCACUAUGCAGUGGAUAUCGCCAUCCGUACCACAGGUACGCCCUGGUACUACUGACCCCUGUACUGAGUGAAGAUCCCACGUGUGACCGAGGUGAAAUUAUAAUCAGAAAGCUGUAUUUUGCUGAAUUCAAUAUAUUCGAUCGCAGAUGUAAAAGGCUCAUGUACUACAGUAGCCACCAUGCCGCUAGUAUGGGUUAAUUUUAACUCUUUUCGACAACUGUCCUAUCUCUCACACCAUUCCACAUUCAGGGCAGUCAAAACGCCAAAGUUGAACGAGAAUCUCUCAAUCGCUGUGUGAUGUAUGGAAAAGCAGACGAGAACUUUCACCGCAAUGAUGCAGAGAGAUUGUUUCGUAUGUUAGUCAUGCAGGAUAUCUUGGCGGAAGACCUGACUGUCGGAGCACAUUCUCAAGUCAUAUCGUACGCAAAACUUGGACCGAAGGCCAUGGACUUUUUAAAUGAUCGAGUAAAGGUAACACGUUAGUCGAUUAAGCAGAAAAUAGUCGCCCCACAUUAAUUUCAGCCAUUUCAUGUAAUUAGGCAAAAAUUGCCUCCGUUAUGAUCGAACUCGGCGACAAUCUACAUUUCACGGCGGCAUUUUUUUCUAAGUGUUAUGGAUUAACUGAGGAUGAAAACGAACUUAUAUGUGUAAUCAAAAUAUUUAAAAAACUGUGUCUGUAACAGGAAACAAAAAAUCUGUGCUUGAUGCAUGCAUAUAAGAGCAAGAAAAUUGAACUACAUGUUUUGAAAUUUCACAAAUUUCGGCCAAAAGAACUAAGCGUGGAAAGGCGUUGAGAGUGUAUACCUCAAUACAUUCCCCCAAUUAACCAAAAUUUUGAACUCAACAAUUCUAGACAAAAAUUUCAUCACAGCUUGAAAGAUCAUCACCAAAUUAGUAAUAUUCCAAAGUUUCGUUGAAAAUGUUGUAAAAUGCGGAUAAUAUAGCCUUCAGAAGUUUGCAAUUUUCAGUCAUUUUAGAUUACAAACGGAAAACGGUUACCACUUCUUUGCGUAAUCUAAAAUGACUGAAAAUCACAAACUUCGCAAGGCUACAGUAUAUUAUCCGCAUUUUACAACAUUUCGCAACGAAACUUGUGAUGCUCUUUCAAGCUGUGAUGAAAUUUUUGUCUAGAUCAAAAUUUAGUCUAUAAGGGACGGGUCAUUAUUUAUGGUGAGGGUUGGCACCGAAGAGAAAUGUUUUUCGUGGCAAAAAUUUUGCUGACCCAACCAUUAAAAAGUCAAAAAUAUGAUUACCCAACCUCAAAUAUCAAUUAAAAAAUAAAUGCCCACCCCCUGGCCAAAAACUUUACAAAACAUGAUACCAGCACAUGUACUUUCUUUGGAGACACCAUUUGUGUCCUGACAAAUCGGAAAAUGAUCAAGAUAGUGACCCUGAUUGAUUCACAUUUUGUAUUUAAAUAUGACUGUUGACAUUGCGUUUUAUAUAGUCUUCAAUAUUUGAGUGAGUCAUGCUUUGGAAAUGACAAUAAAUUUUUAUUACCCAACCCUUGAUUGUUUUGUUUUUCAUUUACCCAAACUUUUACUUACUCAAAAUGUUGUUUACCCAACCCUUUUCUCUUCGGUGCCCCCCCCCCCCCCCCCCCCCAUAAAUAAUGACCGGUCCCUAAUGCAAAUGGUCCAUUGGUUAGACUUUCGCGUCUCCUUGGAUAAGGACGUUAAAAUCGUAGGUACCUCGGAUCCCCUAUGAACUGGACAAUAGCCUGUUGGGAAAUCCGCUGACCAAUGAGUGAGAGAAACUCAAUAAAGAAAUAAGAAUGUGUAUCUUGUAUGAGAUUGGCAGUGACGUUUACAAUGUAUAAUUUGCUUUCCAUUAAUGUCAUAAUAUAUUGCUUUCAGCUUCCUCGAUUUUUCAAACGUGGAACAAAGUCGUCAAAGCGUGGCACAGAUACCAAAGGCGAAACCAUGAACAAUACCAACGUGACCAACACGUGUUAUCAACAGUUAGUGUCAUGUUGUAAGAGAUUAGCAGAAGAAGACGGAUUGAAACCACACCACAUCUUUGCCGACGUCACUCUCCGACAGAUGGCCGACAAGCUUCCGAUGACUCGCGAGGAGAUGCUUGAUAUAGAAGGAGUGACGGAGUAUAAGAUGGGUAAAUUUGGACAACAGUUCCUGGAG